AUGGCGGUGAAGCAUUUGGGCCAGGCACCCAGUGCUUUUCUGCGGCAAACCGUUGACCAGACGCCGACACCAAAACCCGUACCACACUAUGAAGUCGUGGUCCUGCAGAAGGUGUGGAAGCUGCGUCCUGGCAAUCGCAAUUUGUUGGAGGCCCUGGCCCUCUUGAUGCAUGCGCUGCGCAAGAACUCCAGGUCCUACAACAGCUUCCCGCAGUCUUUGCGCAAUGUGAUGGAAGGAAGUGCAAAUCCGUGGCUGUCCGGUGACCCCGAGCGAGGUGAAAAGUCGGGGGAUGUAUGCAAGAGUGCGCAGAGCGCCCAGACGCAGCCACUUGGGUAUUCCUUCGAAGAUGACGAUGACGACGUAGAUUUCGUGGACGAGGAAAACGACGCAGAUCGACGCCUGCAGCACAUCUUCCAGUCGCUGACGUCCUUGGAGGCCGAGCGGCAACGGCUCAUGCGCGAAGCCGUGGAAUGCACAGGCCUCAACGAGGACGAAGCCGUCCUGCUGCUGCGAGGCUGCGCCUGGGACGUGGCCGUCUUCAACGAGGCAUUUUUCGAGGAUGCGGAGGCUUUGCGCAGCCGCAUCGGUGUGGCGGAAGAGGAUUGCCAGAUGUCCAGCGCGGAGGGCGCGCCUCUGUGCAGCAUCUGCUUUUCGGAGCCGGGCGAGAGCUUGAUGCCCUGCCAGGCGCCUGAGCUCUUUUGCCGUGACUGCUGGCGUCAAUACUUGGAACAAGCGGUUCAAGAGGGUCGAGGUUGCCUAGAUCUGAGAUGUCCCGCGGUGGCGUGCAAGGAGCUGGUUCGACCCUCUCUCUUUGCAUCCUUGCUGUCAGCACCACUCUUGGAGCGAUACCAGCGCUUUCUGACCGGAAGUCUGGUGGAUGACUCGCGGGGCAAGCUGCGCUGGUGUCCGGGCCGCAACUGCUCGGCCGCCGCCGGAGAACCCCUUGGCGGCUUGCAGGAGGUGACGUGCCCGUGUGGCACUUCCUGGUGUUUCCGUUGCGGAAACGACGUGCAUCUCCCUGUGACCUGCGAGACGGUGAGACGUUGGGAGGAGAAGAAUCGCGACGAAGGCCUGGUUCAACACACGGCGAUUUCACCAUGA